AUGCUGCUGCUGAGUGCGGGGCGGGCGGGCUGCCGGCUGCUGGCGGUGCGGGCGGCGCUGAGCAGCUGCAGGAAUGGGGGGUCCGCGCUCCGCUCCGCACCGCGACCCGCACCGCUCAUCGCACCGCGACCCGCACUGCGCCCCGCACCGCUCCUCGUCCCGGCGGGGUUGGCGUUGGGCUGCGUGGGGGCGGCGCUGGGGGCGGCAGCGCGGUGCCAGGAGAGCCGCGGCCGCUCCGUCCCCGCCGCCGUCCCCGCCGCUCCGCUCCCUGAACCCGAGUUCCAAUGGGCGACGUUCUGGGCGCUGCUGCGACCGCAGCUCCUCGCGCUGUCGGCGGCCGUCGUGCUCGCCCUGGGCGCAGCGCUGCUCAAUGUGCAGAUCCCGGUGCUGCUGGGGCAGCUGGUGGACGUGGUGGCCCGAGGGGCACGGACCCACCUGGAGGGGUACCUGCACGCCGCCCGCCCCCCUGCGCUGCGCCUGCUCGGCCUCUACAGCCUGCAGGCACUGCUGACCUUCGGGUACAUCGCUCUGCUGUCCCGCGUUGGGGAGCAGGUGGCUGCCAGCAUGAGGAAAGCUCUCUUUGUGUCCCUGCUGCGGCAGGACGUGGCGUUCUUCGAUGCGCACCGCACGGGGCAGCUGGUGGCACGGCUGACAGCCGACGUGCAGGAGUUCAAAUCCUCCUUUAAGCUCAUCAUCUCACAGGGCCUGCGCAGCAGCACCCAGGCUGCAGGCUGUGUGCUGUCCCUGUACUUGCUGUCCCCACGGCUCACGGCGCUGCUGCUGCUGGUGCUGCCCGUGUUGGUGAGCGCCGGCACCGCGCUGGGCUCCGUGCUGCGGGCGCUGUCCCGCCAGGCACAGGAACAGGUGGCCAAAGCCACCGGGGUGGCCGACGAGGUGCUGGGCAACGUGCGCACCGUGCGCGCCUUCGCCAUGGAGGAGCAGCAGGCGGGGCUGUACUGCGCCGAGGCUGAGCGCUCCAGCGGGAUGAGCCAACGGCUGGGGCUGGGAAUCGCUGCCUUCCAGGGACUGUCAAACCUGGCACUGAACGGAAUUGUGCUGGGGACCAUCUUUGUGGGCGGAUCGCUGAUGGCCGGGGAUCAGCUCUCUCCUGGUGACCUCAUGUCGUUCCUGGUGGCCUCACAGACGGUGCAGAGGUCCCUGGCGAACAUCUCCAUCCUCUUCGGGCAGGUGGUUCGUGGGCUGAGUGCUGGCGCCCGUGUCUUUGAGUUCAUGACAUUGGAGCCCCAAGUGCCGCUGCGGGGGGGGGACACCAUCCCCAGCCACUCCCUGCUGGGCCAGGUCGCCUUUAAGCACGUCUCCUUCAGCUACCCCACACGCCCUGGGCAUCCCGUGCUGCAGGACUUCAGCCUCACGCUGCCCCCCGGUGAGACAGUGGCCAUCGUGGGACCCUCGGGAGGAGGGAAGUCGACGGUGGCAGCACUGCUGGAGCGCUUCUAUGAGCCCACACGGGGCACCAUCACGUUGGACGGCCGCGACAUCGCCUCGUUGGACCCCUCGUGGCUGCGCGGCCGCGUCAUCGGCUUCAUCAGCCAGGAACCGGUGCUGUUCGGAACCACCAUCAUGGAAAACAUCCGCUUCGGCAAACCGGGCGCGUCGGACGAGGAGGUGUUCGCGGCCGCUCGCCUGGCCGACGCCGACGCCUUCAUCCGCGCCUUCCCCGACGGUUACGGCACCGUGGUGGGGGAGCGCGGGGCGGCGCUGUCCGGAGGGCAGCGGCAACGCGUGGCUUUGGCGAGGGCGCUGCUGAAGGCUCCGGCCGUGUUGGUGCUGGACGAGGCCACGAGCGCUUUGGACGCGGAGGCGGAGCGCGCGGUGCAGGCGGCGUUGGAGAGGGCGGCGCGGGGUCGGACGGUGCUGCUCAUCGCGCACCGCUUGAGCACCGUGCGGGGGGCGAACCGCAUCGUGGUGCUGGCGGGAGGACGCGUGGCCGAGGUCGGCACGCACGAGGAGCUGCUGCGGCGCGGCGGGCUGUACGCGCAGCUGAUGCGGCAGCAGGCGGCGGAGCAGCGCGGAACGGAAUAAACGGCGGAACCGAG